GGUAUACUUCUCUUUAUUAGUUUAGUUGUUUUUAAAUAAUUUUCUUGCUUUUUUCUUCUCUUUACGUUUUUCAAAUAUUAUUAUUGAUUUUUUAUUUGUAUGCUAUUUUCGAUAUAUCGACACUAACAAUAACAACCAGUCACACGCAUACACAUAUAUUCACGCAUCAACGCGCAGUUCGACACUUUUACCCAGCGGGCUUUGAGUACCAGACAUUCAAACCCCCCUCUCCCUCAUUCAAUUUUGGGGUUUUGCAUACUGCGCUCUAUUUUGACAGCUUGACGCUGUAUACCACUAUAUGAACGACCCUGGGCAGGCUGGAGCACACCAGCCAAACACAAUAAAGUCAAGCGUGUUUGUCCCACAAAACUGGAACUUUCAGAACAACACGAAUGGGUUAAUCAAUCUCAUACAGGGCGUAGUCCGAGCAAUUGACCGCAAUCUCGCGCCCGAGCGACCUCCACACUCCAUGCAGGCAAAGUCUGGGAUGCACUCAAUGGCGACACACGGCAGCCAUGGCCAGCACAAUGGACACGGUGGGCAUAAUAAUGGACGUGGUGGGCAUAAUAAUGGCCACGGCAGCCACUAUGGCCACGGGAAUCGCUUUGAGGACGGAGGCCAAAUGAACCAAAGUUUCCGUGCACAUGGCCAAGGCCAAAUGAACCAAAGUAGUCAUGGACACGGCCACAGUCAUAGUCACAGCCAGGGGCACAAUCCUCAGCGCGUUUCAAACAUGUCCAGAGUGAGCAUUAUCGACGACAGGGCCUCGAUAUUCAGCCGCAGAUGGGACGCGUUACCACAAGGAUCACGCGCAGUUAUUGGCGAGAAUUCAGUGUUAACAAAUUGCCCGCGAUGCCGGGACAGGGUCAUGACUGUAGUGCGGAGACAAAUAGGAGGUAAAAACGUGGCAGCCACAGCGGUCAUGUCUAUUGUUGGCAUCCUGGUCAAUGCCCCUGCUGCGCUGUUACCGCUAGCACUUACGGUUUUGGAGCUAAACUCACUAAAACGCAAAGUGCAUUACUGUCCAAACUGCAACUACAAAAUGGGCAAGCAUGUUACUAUUAGUAUUCCGUCAGGGCAAUUAACUGACAAGCAUUCUUCCUUCUAAAAAUAAGGCGCACCUUGAUGGUGUAUUGUGAUGGGUUUUUUGGCCUGUUCAAAACUGCGCGCUUCUUUAUACAUCCCUUCCUCCAAAAACUUCCCCAUUUUGUUAUUUUUCGUAAUUUAUUUUAUUAAAAUCUAUUUACAC